AAAAACGGAAGUAGGUGACUUUUCGCGCAUGCGCACAGAGAUCGCGCAGCGCCUAGACUUUGGAGCCGACCAAGAUGGCGGACUGAGCGGCUGUGGCUUCCCGGUUGAGUUUGGAGCAAUGGCGUGAAGAUUGAAACAUUGAUAGAAGACGGACGACUACUGCUAUGCUAAGAUGGCGACGUCAUGUCAAAGAGAAAGUGAAAGAGAAUCUUCCAGCAAAUCACCAACAGAGAAAAAGAUGAAAACUGCAGACAAAGGUGUCCAGCAGCUGUUUGGUCAUCCAGAAGAACUUCCCCCUAAGUCAGGAGGGAGCUCCACUUUGAAGCAGGAGACUCCACAACCCCCUCACUUUAAAGAUGAAGAGGAGGAAGUUCGGAUCACUCAGGAGGAAGAGAGUCUUCUAGGGUUGCAGGAAGCUGAUCCCACCAAGUUACCACUGACUGUUGUCUCUGUGAAGACUGAAAAUGAUGAAGAAAAACCACAACCAGACAACCUAAAAGCGCCACUGUCAGUCAGAGAGCUGCCGAGAGACAUCAAGCAGCUGAUUGGUCAUCCAGAAGCACCUCCCCUUCAGCCGCAGGGAGGGAGCUGCACUUUAAAGCAGGAGGAUCUGCAACCCCCACACUUUAAAGAGGAAGAACUUUGGGUUACUGAAGAGGGAGAGUGUCUUCUCGAGCCGAAGGAAAUUGAUGUUACCAAGAUUCCGCAGACUGUUGUCACUGUAAGGACUGAACAUGAUGAUGAAGAGAAACCACAACCACACGACGGGGUAGAGGUGACUUUGAGCAGCGAUACAGACCAUGAAGACGUCCAGCAGCUGAUUGGUCAUCCGGAAGGAAUUCCCCUUCAGCCGCAGCGUGGGAGCUCCAGUUUGAAGCAGGAGGUUCCACGCUCCCCCCACAUUAAAAAAGAAGAGGAGGAACUCUGGAUCACUCAGGAGGGAGAGUGUCUUCUCGGGCCGCAGGAAGUUGAUCUCACCAAGUUGCCACUGACUGUUGUCUCUGUGAAGACUGAAGAUGAUGAAGAGAAACCACAAGUAGACAACCUCUUAGCUCCACUAUCAGAUAGUGAGGCUGAAGACGAGGUUGAAGUAACUUUGAGCAGCGAUACAGACUGUGAAGGUGAUAUGAGGACUCACUCUGACAACAAACAUGCUAAAAGCUCUAAAAAGGUAAGCGGUAAAACCCGUUUUAGCUGCUCAGUUUGUGCUAAAAGCUUUUCCCGUAGGAGCAAUUUUACUCAACACAUGAGAACGCACACAGGGGAAAAACCAUUCAGUUGUUCAAUUUGCGGUAAAAGCUUUUCUCAAAAGAGCCAUUUACCGGAACACAUGACAACACACACCGGAGAAAAAAUGUUUAAAUGUUCAGUUUGUGGUAAAAGAUUUUCUAACAAGAGAGGUUUGACAGAACACUUAAGAACGCACACGGGAGAAAAACCUUUCAAAUGUUCAGUUUGUAAUAAGAGUUUCUCUCAAAGGACUAAUUUGACCCAACACAACAGAACACACACAGGAGAAAAACCGUUCAGUUGUUUUGGUUGCGGUAAGAGCUUUGCGCAAAAGAGCAAUCUGACUGAACACAUGAAAGUACACACGGGAGUGAAACCUUUUAAUUGUUCAGUUUGUGAUAAAAGAUUUUCACUCAAGCACCACAUGACUGAACACAUGACGACGCAUACGAGAGUGACACCAUUUAAUUGUUCAGUGUGUGGCAAAAGCUUUUCUCAAAAAAGCAACCUGACCAAACACAAUAGGACACAUACAGGAUGAAAAUAUGAAAAAACUAUUUUUCAGUUUGUGAUAAAAAGAAAAUUGACUCACCACAUAAUGAGACAGAAAAAAAAACUUCCAGUUCUCUCUGAAAGACUUGCAUGGUGUAGCGGUACGAAUAAAGUACUAUUGAACGAAUAACGAUACCAUGCAGUCUUUAAAAAAAAUUUGAAAAUACCUGUACCUUUUUUCCCUCCACCUGAAUGCUGCCGUGGGGCUGUGAAGUCCAGAGACAAGGUGCAUGUUGUUGACUGUGUCAAAACGCACACACAAAGCGCAUACAAGCAGAAACUGUGUGGAGAGGAAGAAUGACCCCCAAAAAUGUAAAUUUUACUGGGUGUUAGAGGAGUGGUCCCCAACCACCGGGCCGCGGCUCGAUAGGUACCGGGCCGCAGAAAUGUUUUAAUAUUUUUUUAAUAAUUUAAAAAACACAAGAUACACUUACAAUUAGUGCACCAACCCAAAAAGCCCCCCUUUUUCAUGGCCAAAAAUUAAAUAAAUAAAUAAAUAAACACCCCUUCAAAUUGAAGGCUAAAACUGACGCUUUAAACACGGAAGCUGCUGCUUUAAGACCUGCCUCGCCAAAGGAGGCAAUACAAUAUUGCCACCUUAACUUCAAACCCAGGUAAACAUUCCAAAAACAAACAAUCAGACCUGCUGAAGAGCAAAGAGUGACGGAUAAUGUCGUCAACUGUUGUGCACAAUUAGAUACGUCGAGCCAAUUAUUGGCGUAAACUAAAGCAAGUGAAAUGACAGAAUUUGGUCCCACAUUCCUACAAUUUGUGUUUUAUCUUAGACAAUGUGUGUUUCACCUCCAACAUGCUUUAUCUGUGUGCUUUUAGCCGUGGACUUGUCUUUAGUAUUUACUAAUGACUUUUUAUUUUUUCCGAAAGCACAGACCAAGAGUGGCAAACAUAAAUCCUGAAUCUUUUAAAAUAUUGUCAAUAAACAUCUCUAUUCUAACCUAAUCCUCAAUUAUGUCACUCUAUAUGUAACACGGGCGCUUGUCAAUUGUUCUUUUGGUGCAAUAAGGCCGGUGUGUUUAAUGCCUUUUCAUUUGGUUUGUGCAGCCCUUUGAGACAUUUGUGAUUCAGGGCUAUAGACAGGUAAGUAAACUUUGAUUGAAUUUGUAUUCUAAUCUCAUAAAAUGUAAAUGCAGUAAGACAUUUCUAAUGUGUCGUAAGAUUGUCUGUUAAAAUGAAGCCAAUAAUGAUGAUA